AUGGUGGGCGUUCCUGGACGAUCCAAGGGUUGCGUCACUUGCCGGCGGCGAAAGAAGGGCUGCGAUAAAAACGUCCCGUCGUGUCACCAAUGCAUACGGUCCGGCCUACAAUGCGGAGGCUAUGGACGAGAUCUUGUUUGGGUCAAUACCACACCAGACGGCGAUGAUACCGGCAAGGCUGUGCCAUUACCGACUCGAGGGAAAAGCUCAUCAACCUCGUCAACUCAACAGCGGCCCUGGAGUGUCAUUUACACCACCAGAGGAGCAAACCACGUCAACACCAACAUCACUCUCCACGAUUCGCUCACUCGAUCGGCCCGAGAAGAACUCUACUUCAGCACGCUCAUCUCCACAGCACUUCCCUACGGCCAUCUACUAUCGGCCAGGGCUUCGGACGUAUUGACAAACGGAUGGGUGUCGGCAGUCAAAGCAUAUUACGACAAAGAGCCGGCUAUUCGAUAUGCUUCGCUAGCAAUGAGCGUGGGCUUUAUGGGUGUUGAGGAGAGGAAGAAACAAAUUACACAAUCUAGUCAAAUGACUCUUCAGGGCUUUGAAGCCUAUAAUAAAGCUAUCCUCGAAAUGGUCCGGGGGUUGAGCGACUCAAAACGAUCUAAGAACGACGGCAUUAUCGUCGCCGCCAGAAUAUUACAGUUUUACGAGCUAUUUUUUGGAAAGGCACCCGACUGGCGCGCUCAUAUUGAGGGCCAGCUGGCUCUCUUUUUGGCCAGAGGCCCAGAAUCUUUCGUAUCUGGACAGGCACAUCAGCUAUAUGUUGAUGGCCGAAUCCUUAUUGUCAUGUUGUCAAUCGGAAGACGGGCCAAAUCUCCGCUCCACACACCCGAGUGGCGAUCAACUCCAUGGCGUGAUAUCCCCAAGUCGACCAAAGACAAGCUGAUCGAUAUCCUGGAAGAUGUCCCAUUUAUGCUGAUCGCCUAUGACGAACUUCGCGCCUGUCAGGAUCCCGAGCGUUUCGACGAACUACGCCAGAUUGUAAUGCUGAACUGUCAGCACAUUGCAACAAGCUUGGAUGUCUGGGAAGAGGAAGCUGGGCCAAUUCUCCGUCAGUUCGACUAUACGUUUUCCGGCUCUCCUCUACCCACACCCCAAGACGACACUGAGUUUGGGCUUGUGUAUAUAUCGGGAUGCUAUUGGGGUGCUCGCCUGAUGCUGUACAGCACCCUUGGGAUGACCUUGGCACAUUCAGCCGGAGCUGCAAGCCCGGGGGCUGAUAGCAUACCAUCUAUGAACGGCAGCUCUCCAGCUUCGACUGCAGGUACGGCGUCGACGCCAGCCACCUCACCGGGGCAGUCGUCCGAAAAGUCCCCCGGGCCAUACUACAGUCCUCCUCAGAUAAAGAUGGAAAACCCAGGAAUCUACGCUCGCAAAAUCGCCCACAUGGUACACCUCUUGUAUGAACCUGCUGCCGGCGCGAUGCAAGGCGCCUCGGGUCUUUUCCCCUUGGCCCUUGCGCUGCGUUUCUUUGCAACAACCGAACCUCCCGGUCAAAGGAGCUUGGAGUCUGAAAUGCUGUAUAGGCUAUACCGUAAACCUUUCGUGGGUACUUUUGUUGGACGAUUCCUUAAUGAUCUCCAGGGAUCUCAACAAGACGACGAAGCGAAGCGGGACAGCGAAGCCAAGGCGCAGCGGAAUAUCUUCUGGUAUGCUGUCUUAGGCAGUGAAAAUAUUGUGCGUGUUGGAGAGAAAACAAAAUAA